AUGAAUUGGUGUAUUGAUCAUCUUCUAAGAGGAUCUGAGGAAGAACUAUUUUUGGGAAUUCAUAACUAUUUUAGAGGAGACUGGGUGUCUGUAAGUGACACAGAUGUAGAAAAAAUGAAGCAUUUGAAAUGGUCGAAAAAAGAACCAGAUGAGUACAGAUCUUAUAAUUGUGCAAUUAUAAACCCUAAAAAUAAGUUAGUUAGCCGAGAAUCAUGUACUGUUGAUCAUCCAUUUAUUUGUAAAGUUCCACUGUAA